UAAAUAAAAUACAUUAAAUGUAGUAGAAAACAUUAAAAUGAAUCUUGAGGACAUAUUUGAUAAAGCAGCUCAUCAUUUACAAUCAUUAGCAUCAGAAUUAAAUUCAACAGAACUUUUAAAAUUUUAUGCAUUAUAUAAACAAGCAACAAUUGGACCUUGUGAUACUUCAAAACCUAAUUGGUAUCAAAUAGAAGCUAGACAAAAAUGGGAAGCAUGGAAGAACCUUAAUGAUAUGAGUCAUGAUACUGCUAUGAAUAGUUAUAUUCAAGAAUUAACUAAGUUAGAUCCUAAUUGGGAAGAGAAUAUAAAAUCUGAAUCAAAUAGUUGGGUUGCUGUUAGCUGUUUAAUAAAUACAGAAGAAGAAAUUAAUGAUAUAGAUAAAACGUUUUUGGAUUGGGUAAAAGAAGGGCAUGAAGGAAAAGUACAAGAACUAUUAGAUAAGGAACCAAGACUUGUAAAUUCGAUGGAUACAGAAGGUUUAUUACCAAUACAUUGGGCGGCAGAUAGGGGGCAUCUGGGAAUUAUAGAACAAUUAAUUAAGAAAGGAGCAAAUAUAAAUUCUCAAGAUGAAGAUGGGCAAUCACCUUUGCAUUAUGCAGCUUCUUGUGGACAUCUUGAUGUUGUAAAAUAUUUGCUUUCUAUAGGUGCCCAACUUAUAGAAGAUAAUAACGGUAUGACACCCAAAGACAUCGCUGACGAACAGUUGAAAGACAUAUUCAAAUAUUAGUAUGUGUAAUCGUUUAAUAUUAUACUAUUGUAUUUCUAUUGUACUAGUUAAAUUUAUUAAUGAAAAUUAAUAAAUUGAAAUAAUGGUUUUCUUAUGGAAAUCAUGUUUUAUACAAUAAUUUUA